AUGGAAGUGGAGGCCGUGGUGGGGAGGACGGGGUCGUUGCCCUGCGACAUCGAGCCGGACUCGCACGAGGACAGGGUCUACAUGGUGCUCUGGUUUCGCCACGCCGGUGGCAAACCGUUAUACAGGUUAGUUGUCUAUAGCAUGCAUUUUAGAGGGCGGAAACCCUUUAAGUUCAACAGGAGACGGAGAAGAAUAACAGACGAUGACCUCGCAAUAUGGUUCUGGGACCCAAACCUAUUACUGUUUAAACUUUUAUUAGGUUUAUCACCUAGCACCAAGCAUCAUAUACCUGUGUUGUUUGGUGCUAUAGGCGGCAUGUAUUUCCACCUUUGCUAUUCAAAAAGACUCGUUUAG